AUGCUAUCACACACUCUCAGGGCCGACGAUCCAGAUAACCCAAUGAACUGGCCCACCUACCGACGUGUGUACGCAUCUGCUGUAGCAUGGGCUUGCGGGUUCACAGUAGCUUUUGGUAUAACGAUAUACACGUCUGGACUCACGGAUAUUAUGGCGACCUUCAAUAUCUCCAUGACCAAAGCCAUCUCAGGCUACUCGCUCUAUCUAUUUGGCAUCUUCUUUGCGCCCAUCUACAGCCCUCAUCUUGCUGAAAGAUACGGCCGGUCGAUUCUAUACCUCAUCUGCCUCUUCGUCUGCGGUCUCUUUCACCUAGGUGCUGCUUUUUCGCAGUCAUUCGCCGCCCUAGCUGCAUGUCGCUUUUUCGCCGGUUUAGCAGGAGGACCUUGUCUCGUUUUGAUUGAAGGUACCUUUGCGGAUAUUUGGUCUGCAGAGACGACGAACACUUACUACUCCUUCCUCGGAGUUGCUUCAUACUUUGGCGCAGCUGCUGGUCCUAUUGUGGGCAACUUCGUCGUCCAAGCAGGAGGCUGGCGAUGGGCAGAAUACACUGAAUUAAUGCUCAUCCUAGUCGUAUUCGCCUUCGCGAUCGGCAUGCCGGAGACCUACGGACGCGAGAUUCCUCGACGACGAAACAAAGUCCGUAGCCUCGCUCCUCCCAGUCAGCCUUUGGCAGAGAGUGGCGUCACAAUUGCCCAGAUGGCUACCAUCACAGUCAUAAACCCUCUAAAGCAACUGGUCUUCGAGCCUAUUGUCAUCAUGAUCAGUUUCUGCCUGGCCCUGAACUGGGCAGUGACGUUCCAGUGGUUCAUUACGGUUCCGGUUGUGCUUCAAACCGUAUACGGUUUCAGUCCCCAAAGGGCCGGGAUUGCCUUUAGCGGCGCUAUUGGUGGAGCUUCUCUCGCAGCUCUCUGUACCAUUGCGAUUGAGCAAGCCAUCUUCAGAUCAUGCAAGACGACUAUGGCUAUCGAAAAGCGACUUAUUCCAGCAAUGUAUGGUAGCGUCCUUAUCACCAGCUCCAUCUUCUGGGUCGGGUGGACAGCUAAACCCUCGAUCAACUAUCUGAGUCCUAUCUUUGGUACUGCUAUUUUUGUCUGGGGUGGGCUGCACGUUCUUAUCUCUCUCGUCACAUAUCUCUUCGACGCCUACCCUCCCGCGGGCACACUCUCCGCUCUCACAGCCGCUGCAUGCACUCGCAUCGCCGUUGCUGGAAUAAUUCCUCUCGUCAUUAUCCAAGCAUUCAUGAAUCUUGGGGGCAACUGGGCUUUGAGCAUUUUCGGCUUCAUCUCCAUCCCUUGCAUCGCCGUUCCGUUUGUCCUGUAUAAAUGGGGUCCUGCUCUUCGUGCUCGAAGCCCUUAUAGCAAGAGCAUGAGCAUCCACAGCCAUAUCCCGGUUCCGAUGGAAAUGAGCCAUAUGGGAUCUCAGCCGUAUGAAGGCGCUGAGAUGCACAAUGUUCAAGUCUAG